CUGAUAAGUAAGUUUUAUCCGAAAAACUAGUAUUUUCCAUGUGAAAAUUGACAUUGAAAGUUUAUCACUAAAUCUUAAGUUUUGUUUCCCAGCAAAAUGUGAAUUUCGUGAUUUCUAGGGGCAUUUUGUAAAUUUUUAUUCAUUUUGUGUUAAUAAUUUUGAGUUUUCCUUCAUUCCAAGUUAUCUAUUUCUCUUUUAAAAAAUUAUAAGGGAGAGAUUCCAACGACACAACACUUGCCUGUUGUUUAGCACUAAAUUCACACAUAUUUUUUUUUGUUUUUCGAAAGUGUUUUCGUGUUUUUAAUACCUAAAAUUUCAGGCAGAAUGGAUAUCGAAGAAUUGUUCGAAAACUCGGCAAAUGAGCUGCCAAUGUCAACAGGUUAUCGAUUAUUGGUAUGUUAAUUUAGAAGGAAAAUUCAAAUUAGGUACAAAUCCAUGAAUUUUCAGUGUGAAGAUGCUUCCAAUUCCGUGAAAGAAAAUGCGAAAUUGAAAACCAUUGCGAAUACAAUCAAAAGUACCAAACUAAAGUAUGGAACCGAUUAUAAAAACUUCGAUUAUUGGACAAAAUUAGGAAUCAAAUAUCCUCUUGAGAAAUAUCGAAAUGGCAUUCGAAAUACAACUUCAAGUGUGGCAAUGUUCACAUAUUCAACACCGAAAAGUGUGGAAACAAGUGCUAAUUCAAUAAUAUAUGUCGAAAUUCCUGAUCAAAUCUUUGGCAAUCGUGAUUAUCUGAAUCUCACAUACGCUGCAAAACGAGCACAUUAUAUGUGUGCUAUUGCACUUUUAUUGAAAAAUGAGAACGUUGAGUUUAUCGCCAAAGAUUCGUUAUAUCCCGAUCUUUUAAUCGAUAAUGAGAUUCGAAUCAGUUUUUGGAACGAAAACAUCGCAAAAAAUCGUAGAUUUUCACCGAAUAUUGGCAAUCUUCGACCAACAACGAUUUACAAGUCACAAGAAUAUCCAGAAGACGUCGAAACACCGCAAUUCAAUCAACGAUUUUUGAGAACCUGGAUGGAGAAACGAUUGAAAUUAGAGGCGGAAAACAUUCUGCGGGAUAAACGAGAUGUGAGAAUUGCGUUGAAUUUGGUGAAAAGAUUCAUGGAAAAUCGAAACUUGGUGAAUUUAUCGGAUAAUGUGUUGCUUGCAAGAGUUAUAAGAUUGAUAAAACAGGGAGAAAUCAGCGAUAAACAACAAAUUCUGUCGGUUAUUCGAAUUAUUUGGAAAGAUUUGAGUUAGUUUGUGAUUCACGAAAUAAAAAUACGUUUUUUAAGGUUAAAAAAAAACCAGAAAAAAAUGAUUCACGAACGUUAUUUUUAUUCAUUUUUUCACAAUUUUCUCAACACACUGGAUAAAGUGAAGCUAAAACCCGCAGAAAUGCUAUAAUAGCAUUUCUGCGGGUUUUAGCAUUGCUAUUUAAAGACUUUCGAGGAAGUACCCCCUGAAUUUUUAUAAAACCGGUCGCAAAAUCAUUUUUUUUUUCAGUUGGGUAACAUACCCAGUAGCAGGAUCAAGCAAGUGAAAAUUUAUUUCCCGAGUUCCUGAAAACCGGGAAAAUUUGGGGUAAAAAAAUAGGCAAAAUUUAGCGUUCAAAAAUGCAAAAUGUAGCUAAAAAUGUAAAUUUUUUGAAAAAAUUGAGUAUGAUUGUGGAAAACAAAAACUGAUUUUAAAUAUGUAUAAAAAUGAAAACGAAAAAAUCUUUUCAUUCUCAACAUAUUUUAUAUCAAUUUUUGUUUUCCACAAUCAUACUCAAUUUUUUUCAAAAAAUUCACAUUUUUAGCUACAUUUUGCAUUUUUGAACGCUAAGUUUUGUCAAGUUUGAACCAUGGAACGAUUUUUUAAAUUUUGCCUAUUUUUUUACCCCAAAUUUUCCCGGUUUUCAGGAACUCGGGAAAUAAAUUUUCACUUGCUUGAUCCUGAUACCGGGUAUGUUACCCAACUGAAAAAAUAAUUUUGAGACCGGUUUUAUAAAGAUUCAGGGGGUACUUCCUGGAUCAUUCCUUGUUAAAGACAAAUCAAGUCUUCAAAAUCAAAUUAUUGAUUUUCGAAAAUCACCAAUUUAAUUUUUUGGGAGAUAAGAGGCUUGAUUCGUUUUUUAGACUUGAAAUAGCAUUUCUGUGCGUUUUAGCUUCACUUUAUUCAAUGUGUUGAGAAAAUGGUGAAAAAAUGAAUAAAAAUACAAUUCGUGAAUCACUUUUUUUUUGGUUUUUUAACGUUAAAAAACCUUUUUUUCUGUCUAAAUACAAUUAAAUUUAUUUCAGUCCUUUGGGAUACCAAUGAAAUCGAAUAUUUGGAAGUUGACGAAACACUCGAAGAUGAAAUCGAAAAAGAAUACAAAAAACAUUUCGAAGUGAAUCUGGUCUGGGAUUAUUGGAAUAUCACAUAUUCAAUCGGCAAAUUCGAUAUUGAUCGAAUGAAAAAAGAAUUGAUCGCAACAUUUCCACUUCUUGGUGAUAUUUAUGCUUUUGACUCCAUAUUCAUUGAAAAAAUCCCAAUUUUCUCACAAUUCGACAAUUUUGUAAGACUCACUGUAAAUCCAUCUGAAACCAAACAUUUGUUGUCGCUUUUGGGUAGAGAUUCUGUCGAUGAUUCGGAUAUUGUUAAUGGGGUUUUGAAGUUUUUCAUCAAGGUGGGCGGAUUUAAUUGAACUUUUCAGAUGAUUCAUAAAAUUUAAAUUUUCAGAUGAUUUACAAAACAAUGCCUGAACGAUUUGAUUAUUUGGGAAUUCAUAAAAUCGGUGAAAGCGAGUUAAAAUGGUCUACUACAAAAGUUGCUCAAGGAUUCAAUGGGGCUCAGACAUUUUUGAUUGGUUUUCGUGUAAAUAAUCAAUGGACGAACCCAUUAACAAUUGGACCACCAGCACAAAAUGAAGAGGCAAAAGGUAAUUUUUGAGAAAAUGCAAUUUUGAGCCAAAAUUUCAUGCAUUUUGAGCAUUUCAAACUGAAAUUUUGGUCUUGAUUUAUUCCCCAUAAAUCCACGUGUCAAAAAUUUCAAUUUUUGACAGGAAAUUGAUUUGAAAAAUAUCAGAUAAAAUAAUUUUUUUCAAAAACUAUCCAGGCAAAUCUCUGAAAAAAAAACCACGUGGAUUUGUUCUUCUGAAGUUUGAGGCGAUUAUGAAAUCCAAAGAUUUUUGGUUCAUUUUAGCGUCAAAAUAUCGAAAUUCAAAUUCUUGUUUGAAACCACGUGGAUUUUGAGCUUCAGAUUCUGAUCCUCAAUUUUCAAUAAAAAAUUUUAAAUCAAAUUUAAAAUUUAUUUCCGUAAAUUCGAAGUUUUCGGCCCAAAAAUGCGAAAUUGGAGCCUAUUUUUGAACAAAAAAUGAUUUUAUCUGAUAUUUUUCAAAUCAAUUUCCUAUCAAAUCAAUUUCCUGUCUCAAUCAAUUUUCGGUCAAACACGUGGUGGGGUGAUUCAAGUGGAAAAAAAUAAUGAAAUAUAUUUUUUAAACAAAAUUUUUCGAUUCAGAAGGAAAGUCUUUUGAUGUUCCCCCCUGAAAUAAAAUGAGACUAGGUGGAAUCAACUACAUAUUGAUAGGUAAGAAGCCCAACGGGAUUAAGGAAAUAAAAAUCUAUUUCAGGAGUUACGGUAACUCCUCAAAUUUUGAGACAAAAAGCCUAUGAUUUCAAAAAAUCGUAGUUUGGCUCAAAGUUAACGAAAAUGAUCGGUCAAAAAUGCAUUUUGAUGCUAAAGUGCUCAAUUUUUAGUUAAACGGCGCUCGUAAUCUCAAAAAAUUUUUCAAAAUGAAAAUUUUUCAAAAAAUGAUCCCUUUCUCAAAAUGUUGAAAUUUCACCUCAAAAACGUUACGAGGGAAGAACGACGUCCGACGCACCGUGUUCUACGUCAAAAAUUACGUAUUUUGACAUAUUUAAAUAUAUUACCUACCGACCUUUUAACCUGGGAAAAAAAUGAUUUCAAAAUUUUUCACACAAAAAAUCAUGUUUUCUCAGAAUAAAAUCAUAUUUUUGAAACAGUAAUCAUUAUUUCUUUGUUAUUUUUUCUCAAAACAUAUUUUCUGAUUGUUUUUCACCUUUUUGUAUGAUUUUUGAAAAAUUAAAAAAUUUCAGAUUUUUAUAUCAUCGAUUUUGAACCACUUCGAAAAUUAAAAAUCAAUUAUAGUUCGAUGAUAGAAGUUAAGGACUUUUUUGGAAGCUCUAAUGCAUCACAUCUUUUUUUGCAACUGGGAAAAACACUUUCAAUUAUACAUCUGAACUUCCAAUUCCCAGAUGAAAAAAAAUCGUCUUGAAAAAAAUGACAAGAACUAUUUAAUGAAACAACUUUUAUCGAUAAUUUUUUCAAAGGUCUCUGAAAAUUGUCCGUUGACAGAUAUAUUAUUGAAAGUGUUUCCCAGUUGCAAAAACGUAAUGAAUGAGUUAAAGCUUCCAAAAAAGUCCUUAAUUUCUAUCAUCGAACUAUAAUUGAUUUUUAAUUUUCGAAGUGGUUCAAAAUCGAUGAUAUAAAAAUCUGAAAUUUUUUAAUUUUUCAGAAAUCAUACAAAAAGGUGAAAAACAAUCAGAAAAUAUGUUUUGAGAAAAAAAUAACAAAGAAAUAAUGAUUACUGUUUCAAAAAUAUGAUUUUAUUCUGAGAAAACAUGAAUUUUUGUGUGAAAAAUUUUGAAAUCAUUUUUUUCCCAGGUUAAAAGGUCGGUAGGUAAUAUAUUUAAAUAUGUCAAAAUACGUAAUUUUUGACGUAGAACACGGUGCGUCGGACGUCGUUCUUCCCUCGUAACGUUUUUGAGGUGAAAUUUCAACAUUUUGAGAAAGGGGUCAUUUUUUGAAAAAUUUUCAUUUUGAAAAAUUUUUUGAGAUUACGAGCGCCGUUUAACUAAAAAAUUGAGCACUUUAGCAUCAAAAUGCAUUUUUGACCGAUCAUUUUCGUUAACUUUGAGCCAAACUACGAUUUUUUGAAAUCAUAGGCUUUUUUGUCUCAAAAUUUGAGGAGUUACCGUAACUCCUGAAAUAGAUUUUUAUUUCCUUAAUCCCGUUGGGCUUUUUCUUACCUAUCAAUAUGUAGUUGAUUCCACCUAGUCUCAUUUUAUUUCAGGGGGGAACAUCAAAAGACUUUCCUUCUCAGCAAAUGUCAAAAAACUAUAUUUCCUUUCUGUUUUUUGACAUUUUCUGAAUCGAAAUUUUUUGUAAAAAAAAAUGUUUUUUUUUAAAUUUUUUUUCGACUUGAAUCUAAGAAUUCAAAAAAAAAUUACAUCAACUUUUUGAAAAAUUUUAAUUUUGAGCCGAAAUUUGUCUUAAAAUCACCGGAAACGAUAAUUUGUAUUUUUCAGAGUUCCGUGCAUUAUGGAAAGGCGUUAGUGAAUUGCGAAAAUUUGCCGAUACUCGUAUUUGUGAAUGUGUAGUUUGGUCAAAUGAAGCCGAUGAAAAAGUGGCUCUUCAAAUUCUCCAAUUUAUUCUUCAAAAGUAAUUCACGCUUUUCACAUUUUUCUUAUCAAAUAAUUCCCUCUAAUUUCAGAAUUUUAUCAGUUCCUGGUGAAUGGCUGUCUUGGCGAAAUUCCUCCGAAAAAAAUCUCAAAUCAUCGACAAAUCAACAACAAUACGAAUCUGUGACUCGAGCAUUUGCAGAUUUGAGUGCAAUUCUUCGAUCACUCAAAGGAAUUCCACUGAUGAUCACAAAUGUUCAUGGAAUAAGUCCGUAUAUUCGAGCAACUGAGCCGAUUUUUCCCUCGAUUUAUGCUGCACAAUCGGCGAAAAUCAAUAAUGAUCAUGUUGUUCCGGAAUUCGGCGAGAAAAUUCCGGCAUUCACACCGACGGUUACUGUUCAUAUUAAAUUGGAAUAUUCGGGAAGAUGGGGACAAGAUAUUGAAGCGAUUCGAAGAUUGACUUCUUCGUUUUAUAUCAAGGUUUGAUUUUGAUUUGAUUUUGUUCCGAAAAAAAACGAAGAUGUUUUUUUAGAUUGCGGAAAAAUUGCGAGAUUCGAAAUUGAUUGCUGUUCCCACUAUUGAUCAAAUUUUUGUUAUGAAGGUAAAGAAGAUUUUACUCAAAUCUUGAUGAAAUUUUGUCCUUGGGUUCAUUAGAACAUCCUAAAAAUUUUAUGGACCUCUGAGCCAAGUUCUGGGGUCUCAAAAGUUUAAAAAUUUCCAAAAUUGGCUCAUAAAAGUCAUCAUAGCUUGAUUUCAAAAUAAUUUUUGGGAGAAAUAGAAAAAAUAGUCGAUUUACUGAAAGUAUCAAUAAAAAAAAAAUUUUUUUUUUUGAAAUUUUUUAUUUUUCAGCUGAAAAUUCAUGCUUUUUAUUCAAAAUCAAAUUUUUUUUUUGAAAAUUUGAACAGAAAAAUUUUUUGUUUUGGAAAAACGAAUGAAUUUUCAGCCGAAAAAUGAAACAUUUCAAAAUUCUUGGAAAAAAUGUUUUUUAUUGAUGUACAUUCACAGGCAAUCCGCAAAGGAUCCUUUAAGGACGCUUUAAGGAUCCUUGCAAAAUUGUACAAAAAGGGGGCUUUAAGUACAUCAAAAAGGACGAAUUAAGGACGGUUUAAGGAUGGAUGAAAAAUGGACCUUUUAUUAAAUUUGAAAAAUUUUAGUGAUAAAUCUGUUAAACAGAUGAUAAACAAAAAUAGAAGUCCGAAACUUCAAUUAAAUACAGACUUCUGCGAAAUAAAGCUGAAUUGCCUUUUUUGCAGAGAAAAUUUAUUUAUAUAAUCUGCAUGACGGACACAUGGCGAGCUGCGCGCACUGUUAUUUUUUGUGUAGGAGGCGGAGCUUGCCUUCCUUAAAGGAUCGUUUGAAGCAUCCUUAAGGAUACUUUUUUAAGGUUACAUUUUUGUUGGAAUUUUGUAUUGUUUCAUGAUUAAAACACAUAAUUUCGGCCUUUUGAGUGUGUGACAUCAAUUUAUUAUCACUACGAGCAUGAAAUGAGCCCGUUUUGGCCCACCCUUUUUCCGGCCUUUAAAAUUUAAGGAUGAAAAAAGGACGCUUAAAGGAUGAACGGUCCUUUAAGCGUCCUUAAAGGAUCCUUUGCGGAUUGCCUGUGUUUAGUAAAUUGACUAUGUUGAGCAAUAUCUGAAACUUUAUUUCUCAUAAAAAUAAUUUUGAAAUCGAGCUAUUUGGCAAUUUUUGAACUUUUGAGAGCCCGGAACUUGGCUCAGAGGUCCAUAAAAUUUUUAGAGUGUUCUUUUGACCCCAAAAGCUGUCUAUGACCAAAAUUUCAUCAAAAUUUGAGUAAAAAAGGUUCCCUUUAUGAAUCUUACAAAAAAUAUUUCUGAUUCAGGAUGGAAUCGUUUUCAAAUUAGUUAUUGUGCAUGACAAAGUGUUGAAUAUUCUUGAAGAAAAAAUCGAGGAAUUGCGAGAUUCUGGAGCGACGAGAAUUGAGAGUUCUGUGGAGGGAAUGCGAUUGUCGGCGUGGAAAAAGAGGUAGACAUUUUUGCACGUGGAAAAAUUUGAAAAUUGAAAAAAAUCUAAUUCUCCAGUAUUUUUUGCUACCAAAUUCCAAUUUAGGGCCAAAAUAUGUUCAAGAAUGGAGAAAAUACAAUGUGAUCGAAAGAGACGCAGACACUCAUUUUUUUCUAGAAAGUAAGAGUGUCUGCGUCUCUCUCGCUCACAUUGUAUUUUCUCUAUUCUUGGGGAUAUUUUGGCCCUCUUUCAGGCUUAAAAAGGUGGUGAAAAAUUCUGGAGAACUCGAUUUUUCAAUUUGCCACGUCAUAACUUUGCAAAGUUGAACUGCAAAGAGCUAAAGUUCCCUUUGAAAAUCUUUUUUUUUUAGAUUUGUAACCGAACCACUUCUUCAACUACAAUUACAAUCAUUUUCCACAAGUCACCGGAUAUUUGGCAAAACCUGUCAAAUUUUCAAAAAAUGGCUUGGUGCCAAAUUAUUAUCCGGUUAUUUGGAUGAUAUUAUCAUUGAAUUAUUGGUUGUUGCUGCGAUUUCGAAGAAAGGAAAUAUUGAAGCACAGUAAGAUUUUGUUUUGAAAAAAUCAGCGAAUAUCUUGAUGUUUCAGAUCUGCUUGGUGUGCAUUUACACAAACUCUUCAUCUACUCGCAUCACAUAAUUGGUUAACCCGCCCACUUAUCGUGGAUUUUGGCGCGAAAAAGUUUGGCGAAGAAGAACGGCGAAAACUUGAAGAGGAUUUUGUGAAAAUGCGACCAAUCCUCCCACCAAUGGUUUUGAUAACUGAAGAGGAUCGAGUUGGCUCGAAAUUCACCAAACAAAAUCCGUGCGGAAUAGUUUUGAAGCGUUUGGUUGGAUUGGCCAACGAAAGUUUGAAAAUUUUGGAGAAAAAUGUUGUUGGAGAGUGUGCGAUCGAUUUGGAGGCAUCGCUGAUCUCUGCCAUUCCAGAUUAUCGUGUUUAUGAUGCGAUUAUCGAAUUGGAAACAUCGGCGGUGGUUCGGAGAAUGGGGAUUUUGGAGAGAAAAAAUGGGGCGAAAAGAUUGCCGGUUGUUGAAUUUGAUCCGGUUGAUGAAUUGAUUUAUCAAUUGAAUAAUCAAUUUUCACAGGUAAUUAAUUAAUUAAUUAAUUAUCCUGAUUUUGAUUUUAAAAAAAAACCCUUUUUCAGCACGUAUUUUUCUUCUACAACAAAUAUGGAGGUGAUAAAAUUGCGAUGAAAUUCAAACCAAUCGAAGAAGUUCCAGCAAAGGUAUCUAAAUUUCCUGAAAAAUUUUUUAAAUCUCUCAAAAAUCCCUAUUUUUCAGAUUGGCCGCUGUAAUCUGCACAAAUCCAUCAGCGACUCUCGCAUUUUGUUAAAUAAAUCUGAAAUUUAUGAAAAUAUUCGAAUUAUUGGAGAUGGAAUUGUUUCAGAUAUUCAAGUUUUGAGAAAAUAG